CACGGCGCGGACAGUUGGAGCGGCGCGGCUCCGCUCUCAGUCUGAGUCUGGACUCUUCUCUGUGGAUAUUUGGAUUAAGCGGCGCCUUGAGGAGUGAAAAGCCCGGAGAAGGAGGCGCUUUUACCGGCGGAAUGGCGGACCGGGACUCGGUGGCUCUUCCCGCGGAGGUCCGGGCCCGACUGGCCGAGCUGGAGCUGGAGUUAUCCGAAGGUGACAUCACACAGAAGGGCUAUGAGAAGAAACGCUCCAAGCUGAUCGGAUCCUAUCUGCCCCAGUCUCCAGUGUCCGGCUCUGAAGCGCCGAUGGGCCAGGAGAGGAAGACUCCGGUCACUCCAUCUUCAUCGUCCCGCUACAACCGCCGACGGUUAUCAGGCUCCAGGGAUGAGCGCUACAGAUCAGAUGUGCACACAGAGGCGGUGCAGGCGGCGCUGGCCAAACACAAAGAGAGGAAAAUGGCCGUGCCCAUGCCCUCCAAGAGAAGGUCUCUGGUGGUGCAGACUUCUAUGGACGCGUACACUCCCCCAGACACAUCGUCCGGCUCGGAGGGGGAGGCAGACGGAGAGGAGGAGUGCCCAGAGGAGGACCGCGUGGGCGGGGGAGGAGGAGGGGGAGAUGGGACGUCCAGCCUGGAGGACAGCCUGGGCACAGAGCACUGGGCGAGCCGAGGUCUGCACCCGGCCUCCUCCAGCACCACCACGGGCUCCACCGCCUCCUCGUCCUCCUCGUCCCGGGGCAGCUCUGGCAGCGGGGCGGCGGUGGGGCGGCUGGCAGACGUCCUCCAGCAGCACGCUCACCUGCACCGCCACAGGCUGCACCGCACAGAGAACCACUCGGCUCCUCCAGACGUCACAGGGUACACCAACAACUCCUCCUCGUCCUCAGAUGGGACCCAGGCUGACCGGGCGCCCUGUCCUGGGAACGCCGCCCACAAACACACGCCCAAGUAUGGGAACGCCGAGCUCAUGGAGACGGGAGACGGGGUCCCUGUCAGCAGCAGAGUUUCAGCUAAAAUCCAGCAGCUGGUGAACACCCUGAAGAGACCCAAACGACCCCCGCUCAGAGAGUUCUUUGUCGAUGACUUUGAGGAGCUCCUGGAAGUCCAACAGCCCGACCCGAACCAGCCCAGAGCCGAGGGGGCCCAGAUGUCUCCGUCCCAGGGCGAGCAGCUGGGGGUGGUGACCAACUGGCCCCCCUCUCUGGAGGCGGCCCUGCAGAGGUGGGGCACCAUCUCCCCCAAAGCCCCCUGCCUCAGCACCAUGGACCCCAAUGGAAAACCACUCUACGUCCUCACAUACGGGAAACUGUGGUCCCGGAGUGUGAAAGUGGCCUACAACCUCCUCCACAAACUGGGCUCGAAACAGGAGCCCCUGGUGCGGCCGGGGGACAGGGUGGCGCUGGUUUACCCUAACAACGACCCCGCCGCCUUUAUCACAGCGUUUUACGGCUGUCUGCUCGCCGAGAUCGUCCCCGUGCCCAUCGAGGUCCCACUCUCCAGGAAGGACGCAGGAAGUCAGCAGAUCGGCUUCCUGUUGGGCAGCUGUGGUGUGACGGUGGCUCUGACCAGUGAUGCGUGUCAUAAAGGACUGCCCAAGAGUCCCACGGGCGAGAUCCAGCAGUUCAAAGGUUGGCCUAAAGUUUUGUGGUUCGUCACAGAGUCCAAGCACCUGUCCAAACCUCCACGAGACUGGUUCCCUCUGACCAAAGACGCCAACCAGGACACAGCCUACAUAGAGUAUAAGACGUGUAAAGACGGCAGCGUUCUCGGGGUGACAGUGACCAGGACGGCGAUGCUCGCUCACAGUCAAGCCUUAACCCAGUGCUGCUCCUACACCGAAGCCGAGACCAUAGUGAAUGUAUUGGACUUCAAGAAAGACGUGGGACUGUGGCACGCUGUCCUCACUAGUGUGAUGAACAUGAUGCACGUGAUCAGUAUCCCCUACGCCCUCAUGAAGGUCAACCCUCUGUCCUGGAUCCAGAAGGUCUGCCAGUACAAAGCGCGUGUGGCCUGUGUGAAGUCUCGGGACAUGCACUGGGCUCUGGUGGCUCACAGGGACCAGAGGGACAUCAACCUGAGCUCUCUGAGGAUGCUACUGGUCGCCGACGGAUCCAACCCCUGGUCCAUCUCUUCGUGUGACGCCUUCCUCAACGUGUUCCAAACCAAAGGCCUGAAGUCAGAGGUCAUCUGCCCCUGUGCCAGCUCACCAGAGGCCCUCACCGUCGCCAUCCGAAGGCCGGUGGAGGAGGACAGCGCCCCCCCUGGCCGAGGCGUGUUGUCCAUGUCCGGUCUGAGUCACGGGGUGAUCCGGGUCGACUCAGAGGAGAAACUGUCGGUGCUCACGCUGCAGGAUGUGGGCUCGGUUAUGCCUGGAGCUCUCAUGUGUGCGGUGAGGCCUGAAGGACUCCCUCUGCUCUGUAAGACGGAUGAGAUCGGGGAGCUGUGUGUGUGUACUCUCGCCACUGGGACGUCCUACUACGGCCUCUCGGGAAUGACCAAGAACACCUUCGAAGUGUUCCCGUUGUCCAGCGUCGGCUCUCCCCUCGGUGACGUCCCCUUCACCAGGACCGGGCUGCUGGGCUUCAUCGGACCGGCUGGACUCAUCUUUGUGGCGGGGAAAAUGGACGGGCUCAUGGUGGUCGGGGGGCGGAGACACAACGCUGAUGACAUCGUUGCCACGGCGCUAGCGGUGGAGCCAAUGAAAUUUGUUUACAGAGGGAGGAUCGCGGUGUUCUCCAUCACGGUGCUUCAUGAUGAGAGGAUCGUGGUGGUGGCAGAGCAGAGACCAGACUCCACUGAAGAGGACAGCUUUCAGUGGAUGAGCCGAGUUCUGCAGGCCAUCGAUGGCAUUCACCAGGUGGGCGUGUACUGCCUGGCUCUGGUGCCCUCCAACACUCUGCCCAAGACCCCUCUGGGCGGCAUCCACCUGUCUGAGACCAAGCAGCUCUUCCUGGAGGGGGCGCUACAUCCCUGCAACGUGCUCAUGUGCCCCCACACCUGUGUCACCAACCUGCCCAAGCCACGACAGAAACAGCCCGAGAUCGGCCCUGCGUCGGUGAUGGUGGGGAACCUGGUGUCGGGGAAGAGGAUCGCCCAGGCCAGUGGCAGGGACCUGACCCAGAUGGAGGACAAUGACCAGGCAAGGAAGUUCCUGUUCCUGUCCGAGGUGCUGCAGUGGAGAGCCCAGACCACUCCUGACCACGUCCUCUACACACUGCUCAACUCCAGGGGCACCAUUGCCAACUCACUGACCUGUGUCCAGCUGCACAAGAGAGCGGAGAAGAUCGCCGCCAUCUUGUCUGAGCGUGCACACCUGCAGGACGGAGACCACGUGGCUUUGGUUUAUCCACCAGGAGUGGACUUGGUGGUCGCGUUCUACGGCUGUCUGUACGCUGGCUGUGUCCCCAUCACAGUGAGACCUCCUCAUCCACAAAACAUCACCACCACGCUGCCCACUGUCAAGAUGAUCGUUGAGGUGAGUCGGUCAGUUUGUGUAAUGACGACGCAGAUCAUCUCCAAACUGCUGAGGUCCAAAGAAGCGACAGCCACAGUGGACCUGCGCACGUGGCCUCCCGUCAUCGACACUGAUGAUUUGCCAAAGAAGAAGCCCCCACUGCUGCACAAACCGCUGAACCCGGACACUCUGGCCUAUCUGGACUUCAGCGUGUCCACUACAGGGAUGCUCGCUGGAGUCAAGAUGUCCCACAGUGCCACCAGUGCCUUCUGCCGCUCCAUAAAGCUCCAGUGUGAGCUGUACCCGUCCAGGGAGGUGGCCAUCUGCCUGGACCCCUACUGUGGCCUGGGCUUCGUGCUCUGGUGCCUCUGCAGUGUGUACAGCGGACACCAGUCCAUCCUGAUCCCCCCCUCGGAGCUGGAGCUGAACCCCUCCCUGUGGCUGUCUGCGGUCAGUCAGUACAAAGUCAGAGACACUUUCUGCUCCUACAGCGUCAUGGAGCUGUGCACCAAGGGCCUGGGCCUGCAGACGGACGCCCUCAAGUCUCGGGGGGUGGACCUGUCCCGUGUCCGGACCUGUGUGGUGGUGGCAGAGGAGCGUCCCAGGAUCUCUCUCACUCAGUCCUUCUCCAAACUCUUCAAAGACCUGGGCCUGCACCCUCGAGCCGUCAGCACGUCGUUCGGCUGCAGAGUCAACCUGGCCAUCUGUCUGCAGCCUCACAGGUUGGGGAAGCUGGCUGAGCAGGGCACUUCAGGACCAGACCCCACUACAGUGUUUGUGGACAUGAGAGCUCUACGCCACGACAGGGUGCGACUGGUGGAACGAGGGUCUCCACACAGUUUACCCCUCAUGGAGUCGGGGAAGAUUCUUCCUGGAGUCCGCAUCAUUAUUGCAAAUCCUGAAACAAAGGGACCAAUGGGAGAGUCACAUCUGGGAGAGAUCUGGGUGCACAGCGGGCACAACGCCAGUGGGUACUUCACGGUGUACGGGGACGAGGCGCUGCAGUCAGACCACUUCUGCUCCAGGCUCAGCUUCGGAGACACUCAGACCGUCUGGGCCCGGACCGGCUACCUGGGCUUCCUCAGGAGGACCGAGCUAACUGACGCUAACGGAGAGCGACACGAUGCCCUGUACGUGGUGGGUGCUCUGGAGGAGGCCAUGGAGCUGAGGGGCAUGAGGUACCACCCCAUCGACAUCGAGACGUCUGUGAUCAGGACCCACAAGAGCAUCACAGAGUGUGCGGUGUUCACUUGGACCAACCUGCUGGUGGUGGUGGUGGAGCUGGACGGCUCGGAGCACGAGGCCCUGGACCUGGUUCCCAUGGUAACCAACGUGGUUCUGGAGGAGCACUACCUGAUCGUGGGCGUGGUGGUGGUGGUGGACAUCGGAGUCAUCCCCAUCAACUCCAGAGGAGAGAAGCAGAGGAUGCACCUGAGGGACGGCUUCCUCGCCGACCAGCUGGACCCCAUCUAUGUGGCCUACAACAUGUAGGACCUGUGUACCACCUGUACGCCGGAGAGACACACUACAGGACCAGACUACAGGACCAGACUG